AUGGAGAGUGAUAAAUGCAUGUCAUAUCUUCAAUUAUUGGCAGCCUCAAUCGUCCGGAUGGGACCAAUCCCGCAGCAUAUCGCCAUCAUAAUGGAUGGAAAUCGUCGUUACGCAGCCAGCAGAGGAAUGAAAGCACAAUACGGUCACGAGGCCGGAGCCGAGCUUCUUAAUGUUGUGCGAACCUGGGGAAAAGCAAUUGGGUGCAAGGAACUAACAUUGUACGUCUUCUCAUCCGAAAAUUACAAAAGGACGGUGCAAGAAGUUGAGGAUUUGAUGGACUUAAUAUUUCGAAAAUUCACCACAUUGCUGGAAGAAAUUGAAUCCGGUGAGAAUACGGACACCUGCAUACAAAUGAUUGGAAAUUGGGAAAAAUUUCCGCUCAAAUUGAAAUAUAGAAUGGCAACCUUGAUGGCGAGGACGAAACAUUUUACCCCUUACAAAUUAAAUUUUGCGGUAGGAUAUACAGGUCGAGAAGGGAUUCUCAAAAGCUUGAACUCUUUUCAUGAUAAGAGCAAUGAAACAAGCGGCAAUUACGAUGAAUCUUUCCCAGCGUGGAAUGAGUAUUCGAUUGGACAGUCUCAACACUUAGUGGACAUGAGACCCAUUGACGUACUAAUCAGAACUGGGGGUGAUCAGCGACUCUCGGAUUUCAUGAUGUGGGAAAGCACUCAUGCUUACAUCCAUUUUAUGAAGGGAACUUGGCCAGAGUUCAGUUUUUGGAAAUUUAUACAUUCUUGCUUCUUGUAUCAAGUGCAUAAGAAGAAGAUUGUUCAAGCGGUAUGGGUUAAAGUAUUACACUAA